AUGAGCACAGACGCACAGCACUACCUCGCCGUGCUCAGGGCGUCCUACGACUACGCGCCCCAGUCCGACGACGAGAUCGCCAUCCGCGAGGACCAGCUGCUGCUCCUCGUCGAGCGCACGGACGACGACUGGUGGAAGGUGCGCCCCAGGGCCGACUCGCCAGAUGCCGAGGAGCAGCCCGCAGGCCUCGUCCCCUCCGCCUACGUCGACCAGGCACCGACCGUGAAAGCCCAAUACGCCUACGACGCCGUCGCCCCGGGCGAGCUCACAGUCGCCGAAGACGACCUCCUGCACACCUUCGGCCCCGCGCAGGACGGCUGGCUGCUCGUCCAGGCCCGCGGGAAAGACGGCGCGGGCUACGUCCCCGCCAACUACGUCGAGGAGAGCACGGAAGAGGCGGAAGAGGCAGUACCCGUCGCCGCCGCACCGAUACUCGCCAACAUCGUCGUCCCCGAUUCGGCAAUAAGCACCUACGCCGACCCCGCCGACCUCGUCGCCUCCUCCACAAAGGCGCGCGCCGCCGCUCCCGCCGCGUCCGACCCGAUACAGACCUGGUCCGUCUCGGAGGUCGACAGGAAGGGGAAGAAGAAGAAGGGUACCCUCGGCGUCGGUAACGGCGCCGUGUUCUUUGCGAGCGAGAGCGACAAGACGCCCGUGCAGAAAUGGCAGAUGGCAGACGUCGCCUCGGCCAAGAUCGACAAGGCCAAACACAUCCUGAUCGAGAUCGGCAGCUCCGGCGGCGGCAGCACGGCGCCCGCGAGCCUGCACUUCCACGCGGGCUCGAAGGACGCGGCAGAGGCGAUCGCAGCGAAGCUCGACGCGUCGCGCGCGCUUGCCGCUGCUGCCUCCGCUGCCGCCGAGUCCGGGUCCAGCUCUGGGUCGGGCGUGGGGGACGGCGUGGGCGCGGGGCCGGGCGCGGGGAAGAAGGGCGCGUCGGUGCAUUUUUCGGAGCAGGGCCCGGCGAUCAUACCGCCGCGCGAGGACGGGGACGAGGAGGACGGCGCCGCGGAGGACGACGAGGGCGAGGGCGAGGAGGGCGAGGAGGGCGACUCGGACCCCGACGCUGCCGGCGCGCACGCGGGCGAGGCGGCGGUGGCGCUGUACGAUUUCGCGGCGCAGGGGGACGACGAGAUGAGCGUCGCGGAGGGCGAGGCGCUGUGGAUCGUCGAGCGGGACGGGGACGAGUGGUGGAAGUGCCGGAAUGCGAAGGGGGAGGAGGGCGUCGUGCCCGCGUCGUAUGUCGAGGUGCGUGGCGCGUCUGGCUGUGCGGGGCCGGCGCCGUCUGGGUCGGGCGCGCCGGCGCCGGCGCCUCUUGCAGUCGCUGCGGCUGAGGAGGACGAGGUGGAGGAGGCGGACGAUUCGGCGGCGCAGGAGGCGGAGGCGCGGGCCAGUGCCGAGCGCGCGCAGAAGGAGCGGAAGAAGAUCGAGCAGGAGCAGCGCGCCAAGGCCGCCGCCGCCGCCGCCGCUGAGGUCGACCGGAAACGCAAAGAGAGGGACGCGCGCGAGGCAGAGCAGAAGGCGAAGGAGCGCGCAGAAGCGGACGUGCGCAAGCGGGAGACGCCGUCGCCGUCGCCGUCGCCUUCGCCUCGACCGUCGUCCUCCUCCUCGUCGUCCAAGCCCCGCGCGUCCACGGACCAGUCCCCGCGCAGCUCGAUCGACAAGCGCGGCCCCCCGCCAUCGGAGAAGACGCGCGUGUGGCACGACCGCUCGGGCCAGUUCCGCGUCGAGGCCGCCUUCCUCGGCUUCGCGAACGGCAAGAUCCGCCUGCACAAGGUCAACGGCGUCGUGAUCGAGGUGCCGUCCGAGAAGAUGUCCGUCGAGGACAUGCGCUUCGUCGAGCGCGUCACCGGCCGCCCGCAGCCGCAGCGCCGCGCGUCGGACGACGACGACGAGCCGCUCGCGCACCGCCGCUCGUCGCUCAAGGUCCCCCCGCGCUCCGCGACCGCGCCCCCGUCCGCCGCGCCGGCGCCGAAGAAGCCGACGAUCGACUGGUUCGAGUUCUUCCUCAACGCGGGGUGCGACGUCGACGACUGCACGCGCUACGCGUCCGCGUUCGAGCGCGACAAGAUGGACGCGCAGAUCCUGCCCGAUAUCACCGAGAGCACCAUGCGCUCCCUCGGCCUCCGCGAGGGCGACAUCAUCCGCGUGCGCAAGGCCAUCGCCGCCCGCGCGCCUCCGCUCCCAUCCGCUGGCUCCGGCGCCGGCGCGGGCGACGCCGAGCAGCUCCGCCGUGACGAGGAGCUCGCGCGCCAGCUGCAGGUGGAGGAGUCCAAGCGCCCCGUCGCGUCCCCGCCGAAGCUCUUCACCGCCGGCCCGGGCGGCGCGCUCAAGAGCACGCGCCGCGGCCGCCCCCCGCCGAGCAAGAGCGGCCCGCUCGCGUCCGUCGAGCUCGGCGCCAUCGCCACCGCCUCCGACCAGAUUCAGCGCUCGUCCACCCCGCAGGUAUCCAGCGCAGCGGGCUCCGCCGCGCCCUCGCCCGCCCCCGCGUCUGUGCUCGUGCCCGCGACCGCAUCCGUGCAGUCGCCAGCGCCGCCCCCGCCGAGCGGGUUCGACGACGACGCGUGGACGCCGCGCCCUAGCUCGACGAAGCCCGCCGCAACGCCGACGCCGACUCCGCCUGUCCUCGAGCCCCGCGCGCCCUCGGCCCCGCCAGCUCCGCCAGCCCCGCCAGCGCCCGCCCCAGUCGCGGCGCGCGUCUCGUCCCCGCCCGCCGCAGCGCUACAGCCGCAGCCCACGAGCGGCGGGAACCUCGCCAAGACGACAGAAUCCGACAUCUUCGACCAGCUCGCGCGCCUCAGCCAGCUCCGCGUGCGGAGCCCGCCCGCCGUCAGCCUCGGCACCUCCGCCGGCUUCAACGCCAGCGCCAGCGCCGCGCCGUCCCCGUCGAUCGUGUCCCCGCCGCCAGGGGGCUACGCGCAGGGCAUGGGCAUGGGCAGCUCGCCCGUUCCGCUCGGGCAGCACCUGCACGCGCAGCAGACGGGGCUGCUUCCGCCGCCGCGCGCGCCGUCAGUCGGCGGCGGCGUCGGCGCGAGCGGGCCCCGCGGGCCGUACGCGCCUGUGCCGGCGAACCAGACGCUGUUGCAGCCGCUCAUCCCGACGACGACCGGCUUUGGAGGGUUCGUGCCCACGCGCGGCGCGCAGGCGUCGCCGUUCCAGCAGCAGCAGCAAUCGCCGUUCCAGCAGCAGCAGCCGCUCCAGUUCCAGCAGCCGUCGUUCCUCUCGGCGCAGCCCACGGGCUUCGGCGCGCAGCCGAUGCUCCCGCAGCAGACGGGCUUCCAGAUGUCAGGCCCGCUGAUGUCCCAGCCCACUGGGUUCGGCGGGUAUGGCGGCGGUGGUGCGCCGCCGCCGCCGCCGCCUGUGCCUCCGCUGCCGUCUUUCCAGAGCAGCAACUCGUUUGGGCAGAUGCAGCCUUCGCCUACGGGCUUCAACACCGGCUUCGGCCAGCCGCCGUCGUUUAAUGGUGGCGGGAUGCACACUGGUCUGCCCCAGCAGCAGCAGCAGCAGCAGCAGCAGGGGAAGGACACGUCGCCCGCGAAUAUCUUCGCGCAGAUGAAGGCCGGCACGUUCGCGAACGACGCCGCGCCGCAGUCUUCCGACAAGUACGAUGCCCUUCGGCCGGCGCCCGCGCAGCUUACCGCGCAGCCGACGGGGUGGGGCUAUCCCGGCUUUCCCGGAGGGUACGGUGGAUACCAAUAGUAGUCUUCUUUUACGGACGUUUUACUAUUUUUCGUGAUACUCUCCUUUCGUUCGCUCUCACCUCGCUCGUCUUUCCUUAUCCCUUUUUUUGUUUUUUGUUCCUGUCUUACUUUCUCCGUCCCCGUCCGCUCUCAAUGCACGUCGUCCCGUUCCGGAUCC